AUGGGACUCGCGCAAUCCUGCCUGAAGGCGCCGAAGGCAGAGGACUUUGAGGUAAUCGUGGCUCCCGUCAAAGCUAGAGCGGAAGCGGUCUGCACUCUUUCGGGGCACCAAAACGAUGUGGGGGACGUAACGAUAGUCCCCGUCUUCAAGGGACGAGAUGAAGUAACCUGCAUCGACACAGCAUGUGACGUCCAGAGUAUCCCCACACCGGGCACUUGCCUAAUUCCAGCUUCCGUUGGCGAUGUCCACGACCCGGUCAAUGAAACUGUGCAAGCCAGCGAUGCCCUCACAGCAACAGCGACCACAUGCAGCUUGCCAACGACGUUCAUGAGCAGCGAGGGUUACCCGCUCUCGUGGGAGUUCGGACCGCCUUCAACGGAUGACGAGCCGUCGCGCAUACAGGCGCUCCGGGCCUUGGAUAUCCUUGACACAGUGUCACAUGGCCGUGGGAUGCGUAUAGAUGAGGAGGCCGAUAUGGUGUUAGGGGCGCUCAUGCAGAUGUUCAGCGCCAUAACGGCGAUGUUAGUAUUGUUUGACGACACGCGGAUCAUUAUCCGAAACGCUAAGGGCUGCAUGAAGCCUGGGGAGUUUCCAUACCGGUGGUCCUUCUGUGCGUACACCCUAACCAAGCACAGGCCGCAGACUCUUGUUGUCCCGGACGCAACCAAGGACGUCAGGUUUGCCGACAACCCCUUUGUCCGCGGUGCUCCGCACGUGCGCUUCUACUGCGGAGCGCCACUGGUGAGCACGUCGGGCCACAUCUUAGGCACCGUUUGCUUCGCGGACGACAAGCCGCGGUCCGAUUUCGACGUGUCGCACUGCUAUGUCAUGAACAAUUUGGCGGAGCUGCUGGUGCGGCAGCUGGAGCGGUACCGCGCCAAUGCGGGCCCUGCUGGCCCCGACGAUGCGGAGACAACUGCUCUUGCUCGUGUGGCCCGGACCAUUGAGUGCUACGACACCGUCACGGGUCUCGUGGACAUCAGCUUGCCGGACGGCUGGAUGCUGAUGUACGUUAAUGAGGCAUGGGAGGUAUUGUGCUCUCCUUGGACCCGCAAGCAGCUGGUGGGUCGUCCACUGCAGCGACUGCUGCUUCUGGAGGAGGGAGAUGAGGAGGGGGCGCGCAACAAGCCGCCUUCUUGGCAGCCAGCAGCCCAUGCGGCCGCCGCUGCUCCCAUUACUGCAGCGGCUGGGCAGCCCAUGGGUGCGGCAGCUACUGCGGCUUGCUCAGCAGAUGACAGGGACAUGCAGGUGGGCCCGAUGACAGGUCAUGCCCAGCUACAGGGCCAAGGCAUCCAAGCGGCGAUCUCGGGGUGCAAGGCUGAGGAGACUGGAGCACAGGGUGUGAUGGUCCAUGGCUCCAGUUCCACGCACACAAGUGGCAGCUGCUGCACCAACCGCUACCCUAGCGCCACGUCGAGCAGCGGUGGCGAAAUGCAGGGCAUUCUGAUGCGCGGAGACGAGUCCAUGGACGUGCCCGCGGCAGAGCGGCGGCAGUGGCGCCAGCAGCAGGUCGAUCAGUCGGCAGCCUGGCGAGGAGGGGCUUGGCAGCGCCAUGCUGAGGCGCUGCGCACGGGAAAGGAGGUGGAGCUAGGAAGGGCGAGGGUGCUGUUGGAGGAUGGGCGGCCCUCGACGAUGGUAAUGCACGUAACCGCCAGGUCUGCCAACUGCCACGUGCUUGACGCAGCUGUGCGAAUGCCCGUCGGCGUACCUCACCACAUGGCGUUGCCCCCGUCCAUUUUGGUGGCGGGGAAUCAGCAUGCAACAGAUCCAGCCUCCACGUGCGAUGAGGGGCAGGGAAAGGCCCAGAUGGCCGAGGCCACCGGCAAGUCCUCGGCGGUAGAUUCAGCCGACGGAAUGACAUCCUACGAACCCUUCUACUGCUUUGUUUCACUCAGGAAGGUAGACGGGGCUGCUGCGGAUGUGGAGUUUUGGGAGAACGCGGGCGUGGAAAGCGAACUUGGCGAGCCGCACCAGAAAGUGCAGAAUCUCCUGCCGGCGGCAGGCUCGGAAACCACGCACCAAAUCGCUGCUUGCAACACCGGUCCUGGCCGCACCGGUGAAGGCAGCCGGGCCUUGUUGCACGAACCAGUAGUGCCCUCAACGCCGUCUCCAUCGACAUGCCUCCAUCCUGCCGGCGCUGCGGCACCCCUGUCGCCCCCGGCAAUGCUGCCCUCCCCCAUGGCUCAGUCGGUGUCGUACUGUGGGUGGCCCUCCCUGGAUAACGGCACCCGCGGCCCGGUCUCAGUGACCGCCUCCGCCAGGGCCUCCAUGCGCUCGUGUGUGUCGCAGGGCAUCAGCAACUGGACGUACGGCAUGGAGCCCUUCCUGGGCCUGAAGCUGGGACAUCUCCUGGGCAAGGGCGGCUACGGGAGGGUGUUCAUGGGGUCUUACAAGGGCCAGAAGAUUGCAGCGAAGGUCAUCAGCAACGCAAUGCUGAAGUCCGCGACCUGCCUUAACGGCGUCACGCUGGAGGCAUUGCUAGCGCAGGAGAUUGAGCAUCCUUAUAUUGUCCGCACAUACAAAUGUAUCGUACGGUCGUACAAGCCAGAUAAACAGCACUCAACGGCCUGCAUGAGCGUGCGCAAUAGCGGGCAGAACGCUGCCUUCUACACGGCCCCGUCGGAGCGUGGUGGCAGUUGCAGCAUGGUGUCGCACCGUAGUACGGUGCCUCCGCCGACGUCUUCGGCUGUUUCGGUGUUGCCAAGUGGCCCCAGCGACGGGGUUGACGGGCCGAGGACAAGACCCACCCCCGGGCGCCCGUCCGAGGCCGGGCCUUGUUCUCCUGACACCAUGGACCCCGCUGGCAUGGGACAACGAAGCAAAUCAGUGGUGGCGGCGGCAGGCACAGCCUCGGCAACCGCGGCGUCGACGGUAGGGCCCACGGCUGCAGGGCCGGUGGCGCCAGCCGUGCAAAUUGCAGCGGCAGCACCGGCACCAGCGGCUCAGGCGGCAAUGCAGGAUGAGGACUAUGACUCUUUCGAUGCAGGCGGCGCUGAGGACGCGGGCGGCAUGAUUGACCAGCUAGUGUCGGGGGGCCCUGCGGUGCAUGUGCCCCAGUCAGCGGCCUCUCACGCCGGGUUCCCGUCGGCGGCCAGCCACGCGCCUGCGCCGCACCUCACUGCCAUUCCAGAUCGAUUGAUGCUCGCGGCCGGCAGCUGCGCCACGGUACAGUCCGGUGUCAUGACCCAAGGUUCGACCUCCAACGCCAAUUCCAACGUGGACCAGAUGGUGGCGAUGUUUGCAGCGCCGGGGCGGGAGGCGCCGCGAGUGCCGCCUGGCGUCACAAGCCCCGCGGACCUCUUUGGCACCGCCACCGAGGUGUUCAGUACGGCGGCGGCGACAGCAGCUGCAGCGGCUGCUGCUGCUGCUACUGCAUCCGCCGCGGGGGCCAGUGCGGCCGACGCGUCCCUCAGGCUUAACAGCCGCAUGCCGAAUGACGCGCUGUCGGAGGGUGAGACCUGGAUCAUACAGGAGUUUUGUGGUGGCGGCACUCUGCAGGACGCGAUUGACUCGGGCCGGCUGCGGACGGAGCCGUCGCGGCUGACGGGCAAGCCACAUAUGCCGUACAUCCUGCUGACGGCCCAGGAGAUUGCGUCGGCCAUGGCCUGCGUCCACAGCAGGGGCUACCUGCACGGUGACCUCUCUGCGGUCAAUGUGCUGUUGACAGAAGCCCCCGGCGGCUUGCCGAGUGGGGCCACGGGCCGCGGCUGGAUUGCCAAGGUUUCGGACUUCGGGCUGGCCAAGACCCUCCCCGACCCCGCGCAGCCUUGCAUCAGCUCCGCCUACGGUGUCAUUACGCACUGCGCGCCCGAGGUGCUCAAGUCCCACAUCCAGACCCAGAAAGCGGACUGCUACUCCUUCGGUGUGCUGCUAUGGCAGAUGUUCACCGGGUCGCGUCCGUGGGCGAACAUGAAUCGCUUCCAGAUCUUGGGCGCGGUCACCGGCGCAGCAGCGGCGGGGCUGCGCUUCCUGCCCACACAUCAGCCUCCACCGCCUUACCACGACCUGACCAUGCGGUGCCUGUCGCAAGACCCUGCCGCCCGGCCUACCUUUGCGGAAAUCUGCGAGGAGCUUCGACUCAUGACCUACGAUGCCGCAUGCGCGGGCGAGUUGAGCGGUUAG